CGCGGCGCGGCGCGGCCCGGGACUCUCCACCUUUCGCCGGUUCUCCGUUCCUCCCUCCGGCGAGAUGUUAUGGCCGAGCCGGCGCAGAAAGGCGGCGUAGGGCAGGGCGAGCGGCAGGAGGAUCAUGAGAAGGAGGCGGCGGCGGCGGCUGCCGCCCCCCCGCCCAGCUAUGAGGACUACGAGUGCAAGAUCUGCUACAACUACUUCGACCUGGAGCGGCGAGCGCCCAAGCUGCUGGAGUGCCUGCACACCUUCUGCCAGGAGUGCUUGAGCCAGCUGCACCUGCGGGCCGCCCAGCAGCCAGCCGCCGCCGCCGCUGAAUCAGCGCCAGGGCCCGGGCGGUCGGGCGGCGGCUCGCUGGCCUGCCCGCUCUGCCGCCACCGCACGGCGCUGCCCGACCACCGCGUCCACGGCCUCCCCGUCAACACCAAGCUGGCCGCCACCUGCCCUCCGCAGUUACGGGCCCGCGACCCGCUGCCCCAGGACACCUUGCCGCCGCUGCCGCCCCGCCGCCCGCCCCGUGCCCGGGAGGCGGCAGCCGCCCUCGCCCCGCCGUCCCCUGCUCCUGCCGGCCGUGCUGGGCCGCGCUCCUCGGGCGGCGGCGGCGGCUACGAGAGCUGCCAGAGCUGCAAGCGGGCGGCGCUGAGCGCUGGCUGCGUGUGUGUCGUCGUCUCCUUCCUCUCCAUGGUGGUACUGCUCUUCACCGGCCUCAUCUUCGUCAACCAGUACGGCGGUGAUGCCGCCGGGCCCGGCGCCUCGGCGUCGCCGUCGCCUGUGGGGCCCAUCUGCCUGUCGGUGGCCAGCAUCCUCGCCCUCUUCUCCGUCGUCGUUACAUGGCUCAUCUGCUGGCUCAAGUACCGGCCCGAGGCGGCGACCGGCGGGGCAACCGCGAACGGCACCCCGCGGGGCCGGGCGGCGGCCGCUCGCAGGAGCGACACGUAGCGCCGGCGGAGCGGGACCGGGCGGCGGAGGGGCUGAGCCGGGCAGGACGGGACGGGUAGCGAGGCGCAUGCCGUGAAAGGAGCUGAAGUCCGCUUCCCCGCCAUUCGCAGUGUGGGGCAGGGCGCGAUCGGGGUCCUAGACCGGGCCAGGAGCGGUUCGGCUGCGGCCCCUGCUCGCGGGUGCCUCUCGUUCGGUUGGUGUUAACCUGACCCGGCCGAGAGGCAGGUGGGGAGCGGCGGAGGGAGGACACGGGCGAGGCCGUAGCUCUCCUGGAUGUAAGAAGCACGUCAGGAUGGGGUCUGCUGGCGGGGGCUGACAGGGCCCAAGCCCACUACAGUGCCAAGCCCCAGGUUCACUAUGGCCACAGGGCUCUGGCUCCGGCCCCAGGCCGGGCAGUGUGGCGCGGUGAGCCCCGCAGCCAGACCAGCCCGCAGCCGGGUCACUGGCGCUGGCACAGCCCUGCGGCUCUGGCACAGCUGGAGGCGGCAGGCAUCCUCUGCAGGACGAGCAGGUGAGGGAGCCGGCCGCACUGGAGGCAGCUCAGGAUGCAUCUCUCUUGCAAGUGCGUCUGGAAGGGCCUCCCUGGGGAGCUGGGGAACGUGGUCUUCCCCUCCUCCGUGGAAGGGUGCCCUGGUUUCCGUGCUCCCAGGCGGCAGAAGGACGCAAUCUCGGUUAAAGAAAACUGGCGUACUGUUGCCCCCACCUGGAAGAUAAUCGGAGAGAUUUUGCUGUGGUUAGGAGCAGGACAGGAUGAUGUUUUGUCGUUCUCACGUUUGUGAAGUUAACAAGUACAUAUAGAGGAGGCUAUAACAGAAGUGUAUUAUCUUAAAAGGGACUGAGCCAAAGUUUCCUUAUGAUGCAUUGAGUAAGAUUUUGUUACUAUUUUAUUAGGAGGCCAUUUGGCCUCUGUUGGUUGCUUAAAAUAAGCUUUAUUAUUUAGUUCUUAUUUAAUGUGGGAGACUGAAACACUACAUUGCACACUUGAAGCAAUUUAUGGAAGAUGAUUUGAGCUCUAAAGUAGAGCUAAGAGACUCUACUACCACCAGAAUAAUAUUUCACUGGCCUUUGAUUUCAAUUUUUACACAGCGAGAGGAGCCCACAUUAAAAUGGGAGCUGUAAGCGUUGCUGUACAAGUGAAAUGUGGUGGUUUGUGUAUCAAACAUUUACCUUUGAUGGAGGGAGUGAUAAUAAGAUGGUGGGUUCCCCCUCUUGGUGGGUUUCUGUGUCAGGAGUUUCUGUAAAGGCCACUAGAAAACAUUUUCGUGUGUGAAGGCAGAACCUCAAAGGUGUGUAUGAGAUGCGAGGACGUGCUCAGAAAUUGAAAUGGAAAUCGUUGCCAUACAGCUGGUUUUGUAGUAUAUUACUGAGAGCACUCUAUAUACUGUUCUGUGUUGCAGGAAAAUUCAUUUGGUGCCUGAAUUUUUUUAACUUAAUUAGUUGUUAUAACCUAUUGGGAAUAAGGUAAUGCUGCUUAUCCCAUGUUUCUACACAGUACUGUAAUGGAAUGAGGUAUAAUUCUUUUUGUGCUUAGUUCUGGAGUUUUACAGGUGAUCUUUCAGUAUAUGUAUUUUGCAAGCUGUCUGCAUGAUACCCUGACAAAGUAUCCUCCUAACACACCUUUACUUGACCACUUCUAUUUAUCACAAGUGCAAAGCUAUUUACAGUGUGGAAACGUAAAGGUGGUGGCAGGUGAAGACCAGUGACAUGUUUUACGGCUGCACAAGUGAUGUGUACUGCACGUUGUCUUGAGUAUCACCAAUCUGUGAAAAACACCCCCCCCACCCCCAACACCUUCCAAAAAGCCUCUCCAACCCCAGCGGUGUUUGUACAGACUCCGUGGCGAUGGACGCGGGCUGUUGUACGAUUCUUGUGUUACACACGUCUAUUUAAAGAUCCACACCAGCCUUUCAAAGUCAUGUAUCGUAAUAUAAAGGCCCUGAGGAGAUAAAUGACUGGGCUCAACUGUGACUCUGACUGUGGUUCAUGUCUUUAGACUGGUGUUCCCAAACUCAGAGUUGCUCAGUAGCAGUGUGAAAAUGUAUCUGUGCCUCCUAAAAUCAGGCCCAACCAUUAGCCCCUCUUGACUUCAGCAGUAGUUGUGGAUGUUCUGCACCAAAGAAAACCACGAGACUUUUCUUUAAGCAUCUAAAUCAGAAUUUAGAUGGUUGACUUCAGGUACAAAUAUUGGAAAUUUUUGGCCUUAACCUCUCUGUUCUUCAGUUAAUACAUAUGUAAAGUUUGACAAUAGUGUUGACCUACCUCACAGGUGAGACGUGAGGCUUUAUUUAUUAAUCUUUUUAAGCAGGUGGAGAUCCUUGAAGAGGAGGUGCUACAGAAGUGGAAGUAUUCUUCUAAAUGAUGCUGUAGUAAGACUAAAUCUCUGUAAAUUAAUGGACAUAAACAGUGGUGAUGUUUUCUAAGAAAAAUAAAUAUCCAAGCUGUGUACGUGUGUACAUCAUAUGCACCAACACCUGAUUUACCUGCUCAUGCUGCCCUGCAAACACAGCCUGCAUGCCCCCAGUUCUCUUCAGUAUUGGUGAGCUGGACAAGGGCACCCUCAGUUAGUCUGCAGAUGACACUAAGUUGUGAGGGAAUCUGCUUGAGGGUGGGAAGGCUCUACAGACAGACCUGGACAGGCUAGAUUGGUGGACUGAGACCCCUAAGAUGAGGCUAAACAAGUGACAGGUCCUACCCUUUGGCCAUAACAGCUCCAUGUGCCAGGGGAGGUAUAGGCUUGAUAUUAGAAGAGAGAGUGAUUUGACAUUGGAAUUGGCUGCCGAGGGAGGUGGUGGAGUUGCCAUCCCUGGGGGUAUUCAAGACUGGAUGAGGCACUUAGUGCCAUGGUCUAGUUGAUUGGCUAGGGCUGGGUGUUAGGUUGGACUGGAUGAGCUUGGAAGUCUCUUCCAACCUGAUUGAUUCUGUGAUUCUGAAAGUGGCAGGAGACUCCUGCAGAUAAAGACCUGGGGUGGCUGAGCAAUCUCCGUCUGAGUCUCAGCCAGUGUGUACACAAGUGACCAAGAAGGUCAGCAGCAUCCUGGCUUGCAUCAGCAAUAGUGUGGCAAGUAGGACCAGGGAAGUGAUUUGUACUCAGCACUGGUGAAGCCAAAUGUUGAGCGCUGCAGUGAGUUUUGGGGCCAUGACUACAAGAAAGACGGAGUGCUGGAGCAGGUCCAUAGAAGGGCAACAAAGCUGAUGAAAGCUAUGGAGAACAGGUCUGAGAAGUGGCUGAAGAAGCUGUGGUUGUUCAGUCUGGAGGAAAUGAGGCUCAGGGGAGACCUUGCUCUCUACAACUGCAUGAAAGGUGGUUAGAGUGAGAUAGCUGCUGGUCUCUUUUCUGGAGUAACAAGUGACAGGACAUGAGGAAAUGGCCUCAAGUUGCCCCGGAGGAGCUUUAGAUGGAAUAUUAGAGGAAACUUCUUUACCAAAAGAGUUCUCAUGCACUGAAAAAGGCUUCUCAAUGAAGUGAUUGAAUCCCCAUCCCUGGAGGGAUUUGAAAGAAACAUAGACAUGGUGUUGAGGGACACCAGACUUGGUAGAGGUAGAUAUUGGUUGUACUCAAUGAUCUUACAGAUGUUUUCCAAGCCAAACAAUAAUUUCAUGAUUUCCAUUCCAUCAGGAAAGCUCCAGUUCCUUGCAGUUUAGGUGAGCCCAACCAACAACUGCUGCAAUGACUCCACCUCAUGGGUACAUGCCAAAACCAGCAGUGAGUGCUCCUGAAGCUCAGCUGGAGCUCAUGGUGUGAUUCUGCCCCUGCAUUACUCUGAGCUUUCUGCUGUUUGGAUAUUGCAGAUACCUAGUGCUGUCUGGACAUGCUGUCGAGCUCACAUCCACUUGGGUGUGCUGAUAGAACCUGCAGUCACAGCUGUCACUUAGCUGUCCCCUGAAUGUCUGGUUGCAGACAGAAAUGUGUACUCCACCUUUUCCAUGUUGUAGUUUUAUUAUUGCCUGGCUUGAUUUGAGGUAGAUCAGAACUAAUUCUGUUCAGGAAUUUGGCUUUUCAGGUCAGUCUCAGUGAUGAUGCUUUAUUCAGUUCACAGCAUGUUCUUGCAGAUAUAGGGGCUGCUUGUAGCUGUAAUAACUGUCGAGCUUCCCACAAAUAACACCGGUGUUUACAGUGACUACCAAGGGCUGGAGUGCAGACCACGGUCACUGCUGAAUCUCAUGACCCCUGCUGGAGUGCAGAAAGUAAGAGGUGGCACCUGCAGGGAGGGGUGGACAGGACAGGUCCACCUGAACUGACCAACAAGGGAUUCCACUCUAUGGGUGUCAUUCAGUAUAAAGUCAAGGGAUCAUUGGAGUCAAGCCUCUUCUUUGGCUGGUUUCCAGGAGUACUCUGUCCAUGCUGCCUUCAAUCCCAAUCCCCGUGUUCCUGAAUCCAAUUCCAUUAUCCAGUCUGUGAAUCCAGUUCCUGUCUCCUGCUGACUCCAGUCCAGAACUUUCCCAGUAGCUUCCCACAGCAUCAGUGGUGACAGUGACAUCACUUCCAUCAGGGAGUCGGGUUCAAUAUUGGUUUGUAUCUACUGGUAUCUGAUUUUAUUGUUUCAUUAAAGCUGUUUUAGGUUUUUUCCCAA